AUGGAUGAGAUGUUGUACAGUGUGAUCAUUUUAUACCAUUUAUCAGCGUCUUUAAUAUGCUGCACAGCUGAUUUCUGCAACUGGACUGGGAGCUCCACACAGGAAGAGGCCGGGCUGGUGCUGCAGGUGCGGCUCCGCUGCGCUGCAGGUUGGGUAAGGUGGUUCUCCGCUGGUCAGGCUCUCAGGGUGGUCCUCGAACCCAGUCUGUCCACCUUUAGCCCUAGGGUCUGCAUCCAAGCCUCCCCGACCUUGCGCGGGCUCCACAUGUUCACUGAGCGCUCCGGGCGGCUGCAGUUGUUGACCACGGGGCGGGAGAAGACGUCAUGUAUUGACGCUCACGGAGAGACUGUCAUCUAUCUCCAAGUGAGUGUCCAGAGUCCUGCGUCACGGGGACGCACUGUGGGCUUCCAGUACGAGCUGACCUACCCGGGUCCCGGGGCCAGCCCUCACCUCACAGGCCUGGGAGAUCCUUGUCGACCCUGUAGUGACACUCAGCUGCUCAUGGCCAUUUGCACCAGUGACUUUGUUGUCCGAGGCACCAUACAGAAAGUCUCUCAUAACUCCGCCAGACAAACCUCUCUAAUAAACGUGUCGGUGACCAAAGUAUACACGCAGCGUGGCAGUCUGUUUGAACAACCACCCACCUCUCCCCUGGACCCCAGUCUCCCGCGGUCUGCCCACAUCUCCACGCUGCUGCAGUGCCACAUAAAACCAGGAAAGGGAGAGUUUCUAUUUACGGGGUCGAAGCACUUUGGGAGAGCCUGGUUAGGGUGUGCCCCUCGAUUCAAAGACUUCCUGUCAGUGUACCACAGCGCCAGGGCGGCACGGAGCAACCCCUGUGAUUUCCUUUUAGACUGA